CCCGAACACGCAAAUAUUUAUAUUACUAAUUAUAUGUGUACGUCACAGAGAGAUAGCGCAUUUUUAAGUUUACAUGGUAUAUUAACACGAUACGCAUGACACAGCUAUGUGUAUCCUGGAUAUAUCUGUAACAUUAUCUCUGUCUUCGAAUCCCCACGACUCUUAUCAGAUAGUGCGCACAAUCUUUCAGUCCAGAGAAUUGUUAUCAGCACUUAAUUUUAGUCCGCGCCGGCAUUAGUAUCGCAAGCGUGGCCGUAUUAAAACGGGAAGAUGAGUAAUAACGUCCACACGGUAGUGCGUCGCAGCGUGCCUUGCUACUUUUGCAACGAAUUUUUGGAAGAGAAGUAUUUGACGGAACAUAUAACGCAUUGCGCGGCGGUCCUGGAGGAAUGUCCCAACAAAUGCGGGGUUUACGUUCCGCGCAGAAACCUGGAGGUACACGAGAACGAGGCGUGCAACAAGAAAACGUCGACGAGGAACAGCCAAAUAAGAGACAUCCAAGACUCGGUGUGGAAAGAAAAGGUCUUCUCGAUACUAACGUUAUUGCGUUUAGCUAUCGAUCAGGGGGAAAAGGAGAGGAUUCGUUUGCAGGGUGAUCUCACUAGAAACUUGAGCUUGCUGCACUCGCAGCAGGAAUCUCUCGCCGCGUUACAGUUGAGUAUCGAGGAAGCGGUCGAUGAAUCUCGCGGCAACCACGCAGCGCUGAAUCGGAGGCUGAAUAGUUUGGAGAUGAUCACCGACGAUAUGCAGCACUGCACUACCUUGAAUUUACGACAAAUAUCCGAGCAGCUGAAACUGUUGGAGGGCGAAUUGACCGAUGAGCAAAGCAAGCACGUGUGCGCGCCUAACGAUUGGUUUGAGGAACUGAAAGACCUGAAGACGUUCGUCGCCAAGGAGAGCAUACGCGCGUGCGAUAUAUGGCAGGAACAUUCGCAACGUGUCAACGAUUUGAAAUUGGAAUUGGAAAUGAGAUGUACGAACACGAGGGAAUUAACGUCCAAGCAUGACGCUUUGUCAGAGAAGAUGAACAGUUUGUCGGAAGAAAUCCGCAGGCACUCGGAGAGCGUGGCCAAGCGGAAAACGGAGAUAAAGGGCCUGAAGUUUCAAAUGAAGGAGAAUCUGAAAUAUAUCGAAGAGCUAAUCAUGGAGAGCUGUAGACCGGAACCGUCGUUGAGUUCGUGUUCCUGCGAAGGUGCGGAGAACACCUCGACGAACGGCCGUAUUAUCUGGCGAUUCGAUCGUUACAAAGAGAAGAUGAACGAGGCGAGGGAGAGCGAUUGCGCGCUCCACAGCCCGAUAUUCUACAACAAGGAGUACGGUUAUACUCUGAGAAUGGAAUUAUUUCUGAACGGCAAGGGGCAGUGGAAGGACCGCCACAUCAUCGGGUGUCUGCGCGUGGAGAAUGGAAAGUGGGAUCCCUUGCUGGACUGGCCCUGCGUGCUCAGAGCUGUCGUGAUCUUACGAGACCAGGACAAUCCCGCGAACGAUAUUAGAAAAAUCGUCAAGACCGUGGGUCGAGAUAAGGAUGAUUCAGAUCCCGAUAAGGAAUCUGGGCUGUACAUGUUUAUCCCUCACACUACGCUGAGCAGACACUCCGGUUAUACGAAGAAUAACGUUAUGUUUUUGGAUAUACAAGUGAAGGAUAUAAGGACAAGUGCUUCGACAAUGUCAUUAGUAGCUUAAUCAGCGAUUACUUUCAACAAACUGUUACGCCGGUACUUUUAACGAUAGUAGUAAUGACAAAAUUAUUAUCUAAUUAUCAUCUCACAAUUAGGUAACUUAAAAAACACUUAUUAUUAAACGUACUGUCGUAAUUAUUUAAAUAAAAGUACCACUCAGAUCUUAUUUUCAUUAUGUA